GAGUUUCUUAAUGUAGGCCGGCCAGGGUGAUCACAUACCAAGCGUGGAGAUAUUCUUGACAGCAGGAUUCUGGCUAAAACUGGACUAAGAAGGCCAAGGACAGAGCCCAAGGUCGGGGCCUGGUCAGAAAGAGGUCUCGGAGGAGCCUGACUCAAGUGUGAUCAAGGGAAGUCUUUGUCACCCGCUGGCAACUUGGCUCUUUCUUGUCUCCCAGCCUCAAUUCAAGCUCAUCCCCCUUCCCUGCUCCAUCAAAAUCUCCUUGAUUUCCAAGGCCAGCUUCAGUGUCUCCUCUCAAACUUUCCUGAGACUUCCCUCCACGGGAAUCCAUUUUUCCUGCCUGGGCCUGGGGAGAGAAGUCCAUUUCUACUUCCCAAACCCAGAGACCAUUGAGGCAGGAAAGCUCCCUGGCUGCCCCAUAGGGCAGGGCAGGGUAGGCGGGGUUUAGUGACUCCCCGGCGCCGACGCUGACCCGUACCCCUGAGGAAGGGGUCUCCGGGGACGGCCGCUGUUGUCGCUGUCGCCUCCAGUCCCCGCCCCUUCCCCCCUCAGUGAAGGGGACCUAGAGUGAGAACUGGUGGUCACGUCCUACGCCUAGGAGGACCCCUGGGUGUUCACCCACCCCCCCGGGGGCCCUAUCCUGGGCCAGGGUCCGCUUCCUCGAGGGAAGGGGCGAAUUCCUGGAAGGUCUCCGUCCGGGCGCAGUUGCAAUGGAUCGCCUUGGGGGUGCUGAACCCUGCUGGGGGUACAGAGACGUUUCCGAAACUCAGCGGCUCGGUCGCCCCCAAAGGCCAGGCGGAACACACGCCCACACCGCGGCUCCCUUCCCGAAGUACGACCGCCGGGCCACGGCCGCCCCCAGGCAGCCCCGCGCCCCGCACCCCACAACCGGGGACACAAACAGGCGCCGGGUAGCCGCGAGGGCCGGCGCGGCGCCUUUAAGAGGCGGCGGGCGGCGCUGCCCCCUGGCGGCCGCCCCGCCGCUUCCUCGCCGCCGCGGGCUCAAGCGGGGCGGCCGGGCCAGCGCGGGGCGGCGGCGGGCAGGGGCGGCGAGUGCGCGGGCGCUCGCCGCCGCCCUUCUCGGCGGGCAGCGCGCGGGGACCAGGCCGAGGAGGAAGUGGAGGCGGCGGCGGCGGGACUGCGCGCCCCAGCUCCGAUCCCCGUUCCGCGUCCCCGCCGCCGGGAGGAGGUGCCCACUCGCUCGCGGCGCGCGCCGGCCGCCAGACUCGGCCUGUGGGCGAUUUCCUCCGGACCCAGGCUCCCCGCCCGAGGAGGAAGAUGCAGACCUUUCUGAAAGGGAAGAGAGUUGGCUACUGGCUGAGCGAGAAGAAAAUCAAGAAGCUGAAUUUCCAGGCCUUCGCCGAGCUGUGCAGCUGAACCUUAGCCGGCCGAUCGAGGAGCAGGGCCCCCUGGACGUCAUCAUCCACAAGCUGACUGACGUCAUCCUUGAAGCCGACCAGAAUGAUAGCCAGUCCCUGGAGCUGGUGCACAGGUUCCAGGAGUACAUCGAUGCCCACCCUGAGACCAUCGUCCUGGACCCGCUCCCUGCCAUCAGAACCCUGCUCGACCGCUCCAAGUCCUACGAGCUCAUCCGGAAGAUUGAGGCCUACAUGGAAGACGACAGGAUCUGCUCGCCACCCUUCAUGGAGCUCACGAGCCUGUGCGGGGAUGACACCAUGCGGCUGCUGGAGAAGAACGGCUUGGCUUUCCCAUUCAUUUGCAAAACCAGAGUGGCUCAUGGCACCAACUCUCACGAGAUGGCUAUCGUGUUCAACCAGGAGGGCCUGAACGCCAUCCAGCCACCCUGCGUGGUCCAGAAUUUCAUCAACCACAACGCCGUCCUGUACAAGGUGUUCGUGGUUGGCGAGUCCUACACCGUGGUCCAGAGGCCCUCACUCAAGAACUUCUCCGCAGGCACAUCAGACCGUGAGUCCAUCUUCUUCAACAGCCACAACGUGUCAAAGCCGGAGUCGUCAUCGGUCCUGACGGAGCUGGACAAGAUCGAGGGCGUGUUCGAGCGGCCGAGCGACGAGGUCAUCCGGGAGCUCUCCCGGGCCCUGCGGCAGGCACUGGGCGUGUCACUCUUCGGCAUCGACAUCAUCAUCAACAACCAGACAGGGCAGCACGCCGUCAUUGACAUCAAUGCCUUCCCAGGCUACGAGGGCGUGAGCGAGUUCUUCACAGACCUCCUGAACCACAUCGCCACUGUCCUGCAGGGUCAGAGCACAGCCACGGCAGCCACAGGGGACGUGGCCCCGCUGAGGCACAGCAAGCUUCUGGCCGAGCCGGCGGGCGGCCUGGUGGGCGAGCGGACAUGCAGCGCCAGCCCCGGCUGCUGCGGCAGCAUGAUGGGCCAGGACGCGCCCUGGAAGGCUGAGGCCGACGCGGGCGGCACCGCCAAGCUGCCGCACCAGAGACUCGGCUGCAACGCCGGCGUGUCGCCCAGCUUCCAGCAGCAUUGCGUGGCCUCCCUGGCCACCAAGGCCUCCUCCCAGUAGCCACGGAGCCGGGACCCAGAGGGGCAGCGCAGGGCGCAGAGCACACCCGCUGGGCCAGCAGCUCCCAACGGUGAUGCUACUACUAAGAAUCCCCAGUGAUCUGAUUCUUCUGUUUUUUAAUUUUUAACCUGAUUUUCUGAUGUCAUGAUCUAAAUGAGGGGUAGUGGGGGAUGGAAGAGAGUACCAGGUGGUCCACCGUUGGGGAGUGGGGCCGUCCGCCUGCUCUCUACUGUGCAGACCUCCUAACUGAGUUUACACAUGCUUGUGUUUGCAACACUAGGUCUGGAUGGGAGGUGAGGGGUGUGCGUAUGGCUGCCAUGCCAGUGUCUGUGCACAUCCCUGUCUGUUGGUCUCCAUGGCCACUGUGGACCGGGACCCUUGGGGGAAGCCUGCCCAUGUCAGGCUGUGGGAGGCUGACCAGUGAGAGUGGCUUCCCUUCUGCCUGACUCCCCACUCCCUGACCUGCCCCUUCCUUGUUUUUCCUCCUACUGGUCUCCACCAAGGCUUUGUAAGCCCCCACCCUGCCUGGUGUGCAGCUAACCCCUCCCUCCCCACAGCCAGAGGAGGCCACAGACCCCUCAGGGGAGUUCCGCGCUGGGGUCUGGGCUGUGCUCCCUCACUAAAGGGAAGGAAAGGAAGCUGGGCGUCCUCCGGGCCCCCCAACACACGUCCCACUUAGCCCUGCACAGCGGUCUCCUUCCCCUAAGCCAGCACUGCUGCUCCCUGGAGCCCGGGAAGGAGGCUGCCUGGCUGGAGGCCCGAGCUGAUGGCGCCUGUGCUGAGGAUUCGUGCUGUGAUUUGGGCAAAUCAUUCCAGGUCUUUGGGCCUCCACCCCCUCGUCUCUAGUGGACAUUUGAGAUCAGAGAGCACCACAGGGCUGGCUUUGUGCCCUAACCCCUGGGAUGCAGCCUGCCUUUCCAUAAAGUCACCUAGGUGAGGAUAGGCGCGGGAGCCUCGGCAUGACACCAUGGAGAUCGGGGCCCUCUUCCCAGUGGGUUCACUCCUUUUCACACCUGCUGGGUCCCUCCUCACCCAGCAGGCCCGGUCCACCUCUCAUUGCAAGCCCCAAGCACUGAGCCAGCAGGUGCCAGGGAGCCACCCGCCCCCCAUCGCUUCUGCACACCUCGGACUCACCCCAUCACCUUGGCAGCAAAGCACUGGCUCUGCCGUCUGACCCCUGAUCCAGGCAGCCCCCUCUGCAGAGAAAAGGGUUGGGGAGAAGCCUCUGCAGUCCUGGAAGAUGUGGAGUGCUGGGUGAGAGGCAUCAGCCCCCACAAGUAUGUUUUUGUGUCUUAAGAUAGCAGUUUACUUUGAAAAAGUGAAAAAGGCUUCCGGGCUGUCCUCUGCCCAGUGAGACGGAGGACGUUAGAGAAAGUGCUGAGUGUCCCGAGAGAGGCCCCCGAGCCAGUGCAUGGAGGUCCUUCGGCCUGGCUCAGCUGGGCUGCAGGGUGCCCACUUUGAGGAGGGAGGCACAGGGCUUGGGCGAGGGGCAGAGGCCAUCAGAACUGCCCGGCUUUUUUGGAAACUGAGGACCCAACAACUAACCACGUUUACACGACUUGAGUGUUGAACCCCGAUUAAUGUCUGUACGUCACCUUUCCUAGUUCUGACCCUGAGCCCCGGGGAACAGGAAAGCGUGGCCGGCCUCUUGCACUGCUUUGUCUCCAAAAUAAACUACUGAAAUCAAACCGCA